GCACUCAUUCUCAACUAGAGAUUCCGAGACGACACACUCAGGUUGGGAUGGGAAAGAGACGGAGAGGAGCGCGAGAGAGGCUUGGCGGCGGUGGUGGGAUCGAGCGGGGGUAAUCGGUAGAGACGUCCGAAUCGAGAGAGCCGCAGACUGCACGGUCGGUCGGUUAGUCAGGUACGCUCAUUACAGUCCUCGCCAUGGCGUGUAUAGCGUCGGGUAGGCUCUGUGCUCGUGCGGAGAAACUGUGCCAGUUUAGACAUUUCGCCCAAUUACGGAGGGAAGUUACGACGAGUACAUGUGCGAAAUCACAACCCGCUGUCAGCCAGACGUGUGGCACGCUUCUGCAACGAUGCCAGAGCAAAACGAACACACCAGACUGCAGGAUAGGCCUCGUGAGGGCGACGAGCACUAUGCAAACGCAGCUGCCUGGUUCUGUGGCCGAUGACCAAGUCGAUCCGUAUAGACUGCUCGAAAACGACCUUAAGGAUAUGUUCGAAAACAUACAGGAGGAACUCAUCAACUCGACUACGAUAAAAGAAUUGCAACCCAUAGCUACAUAUUAUAUGGAUGGCCAAGGGAAGGCAUUGCGGCCCAUGUUGACCAUACUGAUGGCACGAGCUAUCAAUUGUCACAAGGGAAACGACAUCCUCUCGCACUCGCAACGACGGAUAGCGAUGAUUGCUGAGAUGGUGCACGCCGCUACUUUGAUGCACGACGAUGUGAUCGAUAUGUCGGAUAGUCGCCGUGGCAAACCGUCAGUGAACAUUCUUUGGAACGAAAAGAAGGUGGUGAUGGCGGGCAAUUAUGUCUUAGCGACCGCCUGCAUGAUGCUUUCCAGAAUUCAAAACAACGAAGUAACUGCCUCUAUGUGUCAGAUUCUCGCUGAUAUAGUGCAAGGUGAAUUCAUGCAGCUCGGCUCGAAAGAGGCGGAGAACGAGAGGUUCGCCCAUUACUUCACCAAGAACUAUUUGAAGACGGCGAGUAUGAUGGCCAAUUGCAGUAAAGCGACCGCCAUACUUGCCGAGACCGACGAUCGCAUGAUAGAGACGGCCUUCCAAUACGGCAAGAACAUCGGCCUGGCUUUUCAACUGGUGGACGAUUUACUGGAUUUCGUGGCUUCGUCGGAAGCUCUAGGCAAACCCACGGCCGCCGAUCUCAAGCUCGGCUUGGCCACAGCUCCGGUGCUUUUUGCUUGCGAAACGUACCCGGAACUGAAUGAGAUGAUCAUGCGUCGUUUCCAAGAACCCGGGGACGUCGAGAAGGCCUUUGAAUUGGUGCACAAGUCUAACGGUCUUCAACAGACGAAAUUCAUGGCGAAGAAGCAUUGCAUGGAGGCCAUUAGAAUCGCACAGUCCUUCACCAAGAGUCCCUAUCAAAAAGCUCUCGUUGUUCUGGCUGAUUUGGUUCUCAAUCGCAUGAAAUAGCACCGCGGAGAGGAGCGAGGACUCGGACAUGAGCGGCAAACGAUUUCGAUUUGUAUUUAUAGUAGUUGCCGCCGAACGAUAAGACGGACUGGUGUUAUCGGUGAAGUCAGAUUUCCUGUUAAAUUUUGCAGGGCUUAUAUACGAAAAUCGCGUGUAUAAACGCGUCUCUUCACGACAUGUUGCAGCUGAUUCUUCUUAUUUUUUUUCUGAUUUGGCUAAAAGAAUCGCAUGCAAUAAGAAAAAAGAGAACGUGAAGAAAAUAAAUUGCAGCGUGCGGCCCACUUAGUUCGGGCUUUUGUAUGUUAUUUGUUAUUUUAUGCGUUACACGACGUAUAAAAUAACAAAUAGAACUCUAUGCUGUAUUGAGCUUCGUGCCACUAGCCGAAAUAUCGUGUCGGUGCGAAUAGUACUUUAUAUCUGUAUAAGGGGUUUUAUAAGUCGCAAUUAAGUGAGGAAACUCUCUGGUAUGAUGGCUAUAAAAUCUUGUUAAUGUAAUAUUGACGUAACGCAAUCGAUGGCACAUGCAUCAUCGUUGCGUUGCUGCCAGUGAGUUCAUACUUCAUUCGAAAGAAAAUGAAAAAAAAAAGAAGAAAACAAAAAAAGAAAAUAGAAAUAGCAAUUCACGUAACGUUUAAACGAUAUUUCUGCCCUUUUCGGAGGAUUUCAACAAUUGUCCGGCAAAAGUGCAGAAAGUGCACGAUCACUCUUCUCAAGUGCCUAGGCAUGAUAUAGUCCGCGUGUGAAGGAAGGAGCGCAUAUUACCUGAUUAUAUACAGAUCAUUAGCCGAACGUAAUGAUGUAAAUAAAGUAAUCUAUAACGGUAGGGAUAAUAUAUUAGCAUAUUGGUAAUCUUUUACCAUUUUCCAAUUUUCUUUUGAAAAUCUUUCACGUUGUGUGCGUUUGUCACUCGUCGCGAUACGGAUUAUAGGUCGUUGUCGUCACUCACGUUGGCGUUGCAAAUGAAAAUAAUGCACAAACACGCUUAGAUCGUACCCGAAUUAUCACCCUACGACCCGCUGAACUGCAUCAAAAAGAAAACCUUAAUGAAUUGUAAUUUAUCAUAGAAUUUUAAUUCAUUGUAGUGCCUUGCGUAAAUAGAAAAGAAAAUACAAACCGAAAAAGGAAUAAAACGCUAACUAUUAUUGCAAUAUAUUCUUUAUCGUGCGUCUUCAUCGUAGCCAAUGAAACCAAUGGAUUUUCAUGUAUCAAAAGAGAAAAAUAACAUAUACAAUUCUUUGUAUCAUGCAAAUAAGUAGAAACAUAGCGGGGUGCCAAUAUUAAUUUUUAUCGACGCGUAAUUUAAGAUUUCGUGGAAAACAGUGCAAGGAAUAAAUUUGCCAAAGAAGACAAAAUGAUCUUUACAAUUCUCCUGCCGAUUCGGCAAACUCAAUUUCGCCUUGUCACAAUUAACAAACAUUGUUUAUGGUUGCGUUUAGCGAACAAAACGGUUGAGUGAUUAUCAUCUUUAAUUGAGAUAUUUUUUUAGAGAUUCACGGUAUAUUUAGAAGAAUAUUCUAACGACAGUGAGCUUAUUUAACCGUCGCGGUUUCUGAACGCAACCAAUCUCUUAGGGUGCAUUCUACUGGGACGCGCGGCGCAGGAUUUUAAGUUAAUUAAAGUUAUUUUUACCCAAAUAAUUAAAUGCGUUCGGGAAGACAGAAAUAUACAACCACGUUUCUUUUGCCACAUUUCGUUAAAUAGAUGAACUGCUCAAAAUAUCAAUAAUAUUACCAGAUAUGUAAGUAUAUAUAAAUAUCUAAUGUACAAUAAUUUGUAUUUAUGUGACGAGGAUUAAUUUAUAUAUACAUAUACAAUAUAUGUAAUUAUUGUAAUGUUACACAACGCGAUAAGUCGUAGCUAAGAAACGAGCAUGUAAUUAUAAUCAAAUGUAGACUUACUGGGAAGUAGAGGUAAAAGAUAGCAAAUUGAUGAGAAGAAGCGGGACACAAUCGGGACUGUCGACUUCCUCUCCAUAUUUUUUAAAUUAAUAUUUAUUUAACCCUUAAGAAGCGAGAGAAAAAGAAAGACAAAGAGAGAGAAAGAAGCGUUCGGCCAAACGAAAUAAUGUUGCGCAAAACAAAACAAACGUAAGCUAUCAAAAGUGCACACCGUCUUAUGUUUUGAGAAUAAUCAGGAAUAUUUUUUCAUAAACUUAAUUUUUAAUGUUAGGAAGUUUGUAAUCAGUGCUGUACAUCUCGCUUUUAAACGCGAUGCCACAUGAUCGUCGAAGUAUCAUGCAAUUUAUUAAAAUUAAUGCGACUUAAAAAAGAAGAAGUGGUACAUAUUUCAUAUAUGCAUAAUUUUAGCUUCAUUCUCUAACUGUUAAAUAUGUUCAUAUAGUUAUGAUCUUGUAUCUUUGUGAGCGUGAGUUCAAGGCACAUUAUAAGUACAUAUCUAAUGGUUGGAGAAUUAAAUGAAUGAAAAAUUGAACUAAUGUCAAUCUUGAAAUAAGUGUUUUAUGUAAUGUUGAUCAAUUGAUGAACCAAUUGGUCAGUUUAAUUGUUAACCAAUUGAUAAAAUAUUAUAAUAUCUUUAAAUAACGUAAAAUAUAGUAUAUGCUAUAUAUUUUAUAUACAAUUUUAAUUGUAUAAAAUGUUAUAUGUAUUCAUGUUUUGGAGAUUUUGCUAAUCUCUAAGACUCAACAAUUCUUGUAGAUGUUUAAAAAGCAGCGCUAUAAUAGCAGCAAAUGGUAGAUAAAAUAUAAUUUGCAUUGGAUCUAUAUCGAAAAUGUACCACUGAUAUUUUUUCACAUAUUCAAUUAUGUGUUCAUAAAAAAAAAAAAACUACAAACUACUUCUUUACUCUUAAAUUUUAAGCUAAAUGUAAGUGCAGUUAAACGUAAGUCCAAUUAUUGUGUUGGGAUCACUAAAUUCAAAUGUAUAAGUUUUCUUUUUAAUACAGAUAUGAAAUUGAAAUAUAUACUUUUUUGAACGUGCAUA